AUGCAGUCCAAUCACCUCAAGACGAUUUCCUGCAACGUCGCUACAGUGGCGGACAUCCAACGAUUCAUGAAACGGUUUUGGGCGAUCGAGGAGGAAAGCGCCGUUCCUAGUCUCUCGGUAGAAGAAGCGGCGUGCGAGGAGCAUUUUCGUCGUACAGUUCAACGUGCGCCAGAUGGCCGGUAUAUUGUGCGUUUGCCGUUGAAGGAAGCGGCAGACAACAUAGGCGACAACUGCAACACUGCGCGACGUCGUUUUCACAUGAUCGAAUCUCGCCUUCAACGCAACAAGGAGCUGCAGAUUCAGUAUCGGGACUUCAUGGCAGAAUACGAAACCCUUGGCCACAUGCAUCGAGUGGCGGACACAGCUGGAUCCGAUUCUUCCCGGUACUACUUACCCCAUCAUCCUGUGAUUCGAGAAACGAGCUCCCACAACCAAGGUCCGAGUUGUUUCGACGCAUCGUGUAAAUCUGCAACCGGAAAAUCUCUGAACGAUGUGCUUAUGGUAGGCGCAGUAAUUCAAGACGAUCUGAGAGCCAUCAUAUUGAGGUCCAGGCUCCACCAGGUCAUGCUCAUCGCUGACAUUAAGCAGAUGUAUCGUCAAGUGCUGGUCGACGAUAGAGACACUCCACUGCAGCGGAUUUUUUGGCGGAAUUCCCCCGAGGAACCUCUACAGACCUUCGAGCUAAAAACGGUCACCUACGGCACGGCCAGCGCACCGUUUCUCGCUACCAGGGUACUUCAGCAGUUAGCCGAUGACGAAAACCAGAACUUUCCCGAAGCAGCCAAGAUUCUGAAGCGCGAUGUGUACGUCGACGAUCUGUUCACCGGAGGCAGCUCACCAGAGGAAGUAUCAGAACUACGAACUCAGCUUGAUCAUCUUUGCAGAAGGGGUGGACUUGAGUUCCGCAAAUUCGCCUCAAACGUAGAAUCGGUUCUCGACGGCGUUUCUCCCGAAAGGCGUGCCAUUCAAUCUUCGGUCGAGCUCGCAUCAGACCAGUGCAUCAAAACCCUGGGCCUACACUGGGAACCAACAGCCGACAACUUACGGUUCCACAUCCAACUCCCCAAGCAACCACCAGACACCCUUAUGACGAAACGAAUCGCUCUGUCACAAAUCGCACAACUUUUCGAUCCGUUAGGCCUGGUUGGACCAGUCAUCGUAACCGCUAAGAUAUUUAUGCAAACGCUGUGGAGCCUUACAUCCGAAGACGACACACCUUGGGGCUGGGAUCAACCGCUACCAGAUUCUCUCGCCACUUACUGGAUCAAAUACUACUCGCAGUUGCCUCUGCUUGAGCAACUCAGAAUCCCUCGAUGUGUUGUUUUGCCCGAUCCAUGUAACAUUCAGCUUCACCUCUUUUCGGACGCAUCGGAACAAGCAUAUGGUGCCUGUGCAUAUCUUCGAUCGACCGACGCAUCCGGGAAUGUUCUGGUAACUUUGUUGACAGCCAAAUCUAAAGUUUCACCGUUAAAAAGGCGCAGCAUUCCUCGACUCGAGCUCUGCGGAGCACUAGAAGCGGCUCAACUGUACCAAAAGGUCUGCUCCGCCUUCGGAUCAAGGUUCACGACAUUCUUCUGGGUCGACUCUACUACCGUUCUUGCCUGGCUUAAGUCUAGCCCAUCUGUUUGGACUACAUUUGUGGCUAACAGAGUAUCCAAAAUUCAGCUAGCUACGGUGGACACUUCCUGGAACCAUGUUGCAGGGCAACAGAACCCUGCAGACCACAUCUCUAGAGGCAUCGAGGCAGGAACAAUUCUUUCGUGCGACCUUUGGUGGAAAGGGCCUCAAUGGCUUCAAUCUGAACCAUCGUUUUGGCCUGUUAAUCAGCAUGACCAAUCGUUUGAGACGCAGCUUGAAUCUCGAUCUUCCCCGAUUAAACUUCUGGCAUCAACAGCAGACCCUUCCUUCGUUGAUCUUUUCGUCGAACGCUUUUCCUCCUUCCAACACAUGCUCCGUGUAGCGGCAUUCUGUUUACGGAUCUCCGUGAACCGCAAACAACCGAAGCUCACCACCAUUCUUGCACCGACCGAAAUCCAAAAUGCCGAAUUUUCCCUAAUACGAUUAGUCCAGCUCCAAGAAUUCGCCAGUGAAAUCAGCGCGCUUCGAGACUCGAAACCCAUCCACACCAAAUCACGGCUCCGAUGGUUCUCUCCAUUCCUCGACCCUCACGGGGUAAUGCGUGUGGGAGGCAGGCUCGAUAAAGCACCACUAACCUACGACAGCAAGCACCAAAUUCUGCUCCCAUAUCAUCAUCGUUUUUCGGCGUUACUCGUACAAUGCUACCACGAACGCAAUCUGCAUGCUUCACCGCAACUACUUGGUCGGACUUCUUCGCCUACGAUACUGGAUCAUAGGGGCCAGGAAUCUGGCCAAAAACAUCGUACACCGCUGCACCAUUUGCUUCCGAGCUCGCCCUAA